CGGCGUGAAGGCUACUGGGAAGUGUAGUCCAAGGGCCGAUCAGGGCCUGCUCGGGUUUCCUGGAGCCCCCUUUCCAGCUGCGGGAUCGGCGCGAACCUUAUAAACCCAGGACUUACAGCCGUCGCGGGGCGGUGCCCACUUGGUCUGACAACCUCAUCAGUCUCUACCUCCCACCUGCAGAAAGUCCACAUGAAUUGUGAUUAGCGGCAUCAAAGCAGAAAGCAACUCAUCCCACAUUCCCAGCCUGAUUUUCAAACUCACCUGGUAUGACAGAGUUCUGUGCUGACUCCCACACUCACCAUCUCUAUCCUAGAGGAUGAAGACUCCUCACACACUUCCUUUCUGGGGAAGCAGGUUCUACAGAUGAAGUGGGUAUUAGGAUAAAAAACCAGCUGACUACUGUGUACCUCUCAGCCACCACCACCACCAAGAUUCUGACACCAGAUAAAGGUUGUAUUUUUUACUUAAUGUUUCUUGAAGAUAAGUUGCAUUUCUAUUUCCCAAAGUGUGGUCUGCAAACCACCUGCAUUGGUAACACCUGAGGGCCUUAAAAAUUCCUGGACCCCACUCUAAACCUAUGGAAUCAACAUUUUUGGGCCUGCAGUUUACAUUAUUUUAUAAUUAUGGAAAAUUUCAAAUACUUACAGAAGAGAAUAGCAAAAUGUCUUGCUACUCGAAGUAUGGUCCCAGGACAGUCACAUCAGCAUCACCUGGGAGCUUACUAGAAGUGCAGAAACUUGGGCCCUCUCCCAGACUUACUGAAUCAGAAUCUGCAUUUUAACAGUAUCCCCAGGUGGUUAGUAUGCACAUUAAACUUUGAGAAGCACUGAUAUAAUGCACCCCCAUGUACCUAUUAUCCAACACUCAAGACCAGUCUUGUUUCAUCUACACCCACUACUGCCCCCGCCCCUGGUUAUUUAAAAGCAAAUCUCCAACAUUAAGAAUAAUUUCUUAAUAUCACCUAGUCAGUGUUAAAUAUCCAUCUAAAGUUUGGGGUCCUUUCGAUUAAUAAGGAUUAUGCCAAGAGAUGAUCCAACUGCUCUACUUUCCAUGAAAAAGAAUUUCCUUUUACUUCACGUAACCUAGCAUUUCAGAGAUGCCACGCACUAAAAAGGGACACCGAACAAGGAAAGCUUCUGGGAGGGACCAGUGCCGCUCUACCUAAACACACACACCUGUCUCGCCCCAACACCUGCCACGUUGGCGGUAAAGCUCUAUCUCCAGCGGUCGGCUAAAAAAAGUAGAAGGGAAAGGUCCACGUAACAGUACGAGGACCUCUAAUGCGAACUAAACUCUCCAAGUAAGGUCUUAGCGAGUGGUGGCAGCCUGUGGGGCACAAUUUAAAUCUCCCGGGGUUGGUGGGGCCGCAGCACGGGAGGGCACAGGAAGGGUGUGGCGAUUGGUCAGAGGAAGAGCCAAUGGUGCACCAGGCUCCCUAAGAGGCGGAGCUUACUCUUCCGCUUGCUAAUAGCUAGUGGGCCAAUCGCCAUCCGGCUCUGACUCCGGGGCGGGGCAAAUCUUGUUCCUUCCAGAACAAACUCACACCCCCUGGAUGAUGUCCUAGCCAAAUAAUUGGCUGAAGGGAGCUGGGCGGGUGCACGGAGAUUGGCUGACGCAAGUAGAGGCGAGCCGUGAUAGGUUAUUUGGAGGGCGGAAGGUUUGAAUGAUCAAGGCCUGAGGCUGUUGGUCGUCUUCUAUCCAAGCUGUAUAACUAAGCGGAGGGAAUCGGCGAAGCCUAAUUCUGACCUAUUCAGUCCACAAGCAGAAGUGUACAUUGGCUAAUGGCCUCCGUUUCCCAGAUUGUUCCUUCCUUUAAUUCUGUUUGAGUCUUCGCUUCUUUCAGCUUUCUACCCACUUCCCUUUUUCCUGAAGGCAAGGCUCAAGACCCCAAACCUGAGGUAAGUCGAGAGUUCUGAGUCUCUGCCACGGAAUCGCGGAGACCGCAUUGUCUCCUCAGUUCAGCCCGGGUCCCGCAAACGGAAGUCCAGGGGACCGAAUGGGCAUUUUCGUGAGUCAGGAGACCCGAACUCCUGUGAGGACUCGUGAGCUGUUUGGCCCCGAACAAAUGAAAACCCUCUCUUCAUUCCAACUUUUAAGUCCUGAGGUUGCCUCGCGAAUUUAUUUUUCCUUUGGUGAGAACUCGAACACCAUGUCUGCAGAUCUCUUUUCAUCCACCAGUGAGGGAAGCCCUGGCUCAAGGCCCACUUUUAGGUGCAGCCAGAGGAAGAGGUUAAACUUGCUUCUGGAGAGAGACACUUCCUUUACCGUCUGUCCAGAUCUCCCUAGAACUCCAGUGGGCAAACUCCUCGGUGAUUCUGCAAACCUAAGCAUUUUGUCUGGAGGAACCCCAAAACGUUGCCUUGAUCUUUCGAAUCUUAGCAAUGGGGAGAUGUCUGCCACUCAGCUUACCACUUCUGCAGACCUUGAUGAAACUGGUAGGGAGAAGAGAGAUCACUUGGAUUCUUCAGGACCUCAGGAAAUACAGUUAACUGGGAUGAAUCAGCAUCAGCACCUUAUGAAAUACAGCUCAGCACAUUUGUUGUGCAGCACUCCGAAUACUUUGGACCAUGACCACAGAAAGAAAGAUGCAAUGUGUAGCUCACUUGCAAAUAAAGAAAAUAAAAACACUUUGAAGCCCUUGGAGUGGCGGGCACCCAGGAAACUAAGGUUUCAGAAGCGACCAGUGGGACCUUAUGUGUCUCCCCUUUCUCUGCUGGACAAUGGAAAUUUCAUGGAAAGUGAAAUGAAAGACCUGGGAAGUCCCAUUACUACAGUUCCAAAAUUGGAUAAAAAUCCAGAACAAGUAGAAGACCAGGCAGAGGAGAUUUCAGAUGAAUUGAUGGAAUUUUCCCUGGAUGGUCAAGAAGAGGCCAAGGCAUUUCUGAAUAGAAGCUGCUUAUAUCACUCUCCCUCGAUGCCAGAGAAUUUGAACAGGCCAAGACUGAAGCAGGAGGUAAAAUUCAAGGAUAACCUAAUACCAAAUCAAGUUAAAAACUGUGGUUCGAGCCAUGAAAUGCUCAGAAAAGGGGGAUCUUCUCAUCUUCAGGGCUUAGGUCUAAAGAAGACGGUCUCUCUGUGUGAUGUUAAUAUGACUCAGAUGCUGGAGGAAGAUUCUAACCAGGGGCAUCUGACUGGUGAUUUCUCCAGGGUAUGUGUCCUGCCAACUGUGUCAGGGAGACACCAAGAUCUGAAGUACAUCAACCCAGAAACGGUGGCUGCCUUACUGUGGGGGAAGUACCAGAGUCUGAUUGAGAAGUUUUAUAUCAUCGAUUGCCGCUAUCCAUAUGAGUACCUGGGAGGACAUAUCCGGGGAGCCUUAAACUUGUAUAUACAGGAAGAACUACAUAACUUCUUUCUGAAGAAGCCCAUUGUUGCUUUGGACACCCAGAAAAGAAUAAUAAUUGUGUUCCACUGUGAAUUCUCCUCAGAGAGGGGCCCCCGCAUGUGUCGCUCUCUGAGAGAAGAGGACAGGGCUCUGAACCAGUAUCCUGCAUUGUACUACCCAGAACUAUAUAUUCUCAGAGGAGGCUACAGAGACUUCUUUCCCGAAUAUACGGAGCUGUGUGAACCACAGAACUACUGCCCUAUGCAUCACCAGGACCAUAAGGCUGAGCUGUUGAGGUGUCGAAGCCAAAGCAAAGCAUGGGAAGUGGAGCGGCAGGUACAGGAGCAGAUUGCUCUCCUGGUGAAGAAUGGAAGCCUAUGAUAAUCGGUCAGCCAGUGGCUGCUAAGGAGUCACCAAAAGACACUGUAGAAACCCUGAGAAGAAGGAGACCAUUUUCUAUGUGGCUAGACCCAAGAUUGUUAAAACAUGUCCACAAACCAACAGGAUGCCAAACUAAUGAAAUCCCAGGCCUGGGGAUUGAUUCGGUUUCGGUAGAGCUCCUGGCUGGUGGUUGUGUCCUGGAGCUGGCUCUGUAAGACUGUAGCCUUGGGUUGCAGAGAGAUUUCUGUUGUUUCAGGGAGCCUUUGCAUUCUUCCUCCCAAUUAGACUCAUGUUUUCCAUCAAGCCAUCCAGAUCUUGCUCUCUCCCUGAAGAGAAUUGCUCAUUUUCUUUCUCCAUAUUUUUCUUCAUCAUUUCCCUCUCUGU